GGCGGCGGCGUUCACGGCCUGUCCACCGCGUACUACCUCACCAAGCUGGGCGUCAAGGACAUUGCCGUUCUUGACAGGGGCUACCUCGGCGGCGGGGCCAGUGCGCGCACCACGGCAAUCAUCCGCUCCAACUACCUGACCGUCGAGGGAAUCCCAUUUUUCGAUCAGAGCGUUAAGCUAUACGAAGGUCUUGCCAAAGAACUGAAUUUCAACAUGCUGUUCAACCAGAUGGGGCGGCUGGAUCUCGGACACACCGACGCUGCCCUGUACGCGCUGCGUAUGCGCACCGAAUUCAAUCGCAUCCUCGGCGUGGACAGCAAGAUGGUCGGCCCCCAGGAGAUCAAGCAGCUCGUCCCCUCGAUGAGCCUGCGCGAGGGCCUUUCGUACCCCAUUCUCGGAGCGCUCUACCACCCGCCCUGUGGCGUGAUCCGCCAUGACGCGGUGGUCUGGGGGUUCGGACGGGGCGCGGACCGCGGAGGCGCCGAGCUCCACCCCUUUACCGAAGUUACAGCCAUCGACCGCGCCAACGGGCGUGUGACCGGCGUCCAGACCACUCGAGGCUUCGUCGGCGCAGAGAUCGUGCUCAACGCCACAGCCGGCUGGAGCAGCGAAGUGGCCCGCCUUGCAGGAGUUGACCUUCCCAUCACCACGCACCCCCUGCAGGCGAUGGUCACCGAGCCGCUGAAGCCUUUCCUGGACAAGACCAUUUCCUCGGCCAACCUACACGCCUAUGUCUACCAGACCGAUCGCGGUGAGGUUGUUAUUGGCGGUGGAGUCGACCCGUACCCGUCCUACAGUAUGCGUUCGGCGCUCCUGCCCAUGGAGCAACUCGCCGGCCACACCCUCGAAAUGUUCCCCUGCCUCUCCAAAGUGAAGGUCCUGCGACAAUGGGCCGGCCUCUGCGACAUGACGCCCGACUAUGCCCCCAUAAUGGGCCCGGUCGACGGCCUGGACGGAUUCAUUGUCUCCUGCGGCUGGGGAAGCUGGGGCUUCAAGGCUGCGCCCGCCGCCGGCAAGAACAUCGCCAGCCUGAUCGCCACCGGCGAAACGCCAGACCUGAUCAGGCCCUUUCGAUUGUCCCGCUUCCACGAGGGCAAGCUGGUCAACGAACGCGCCGCCGCCCCCGCCGCUGCUAUCCACUGA